AUGGCAUCUCAAAGUCAGUUGAGGUUGUUGGUCCUGAGGCAUGGAGACAUGCACGAAGCAACGUUGUACAGACUUGAAAGAGGCUGGAAGUUACAUUUUGUGUUGGAUGCAUCACUGACUGGCCUGCCUGUUCGACUGUUUGUCAACCAUCCGUUGGAUGCAAAGAGUGGGCCCAACAGAUACAUAUAUAGAGAGUUGAGUUGGAUGAACGAAUCUGUUCAGAAGUCAGACAAUUACAACAGUUAUGCCGAGGUCAACAUGGUGAUAGCAGGAUCGUACAAUUAUUACUUCACUAUCAAUGGAACAUUGAAAGCCAAUGGAGGUGGCUAUUUCCUUGUGGAUCCCAUUUUGAGAACAGGAUCAAUGGAUGAUCGACUGCCUCUUGAUUCCAUCUGCUGCCAAACUGUCAUGCCCAAGUUGUUGGGACCGUUCCUAGAGUGGGCAUCCAGAUUGAUGGUGUCGAAGGAGUCGGGAUACAACAUGAUUCACUUCACUCCCAUUCAGGAGUUGGGCAAAUCAGAUUCCUGUUACUGUUUGAAAGAUCAACGAAAACUUGAUCCCAGAUAUUCUAGCAAGGAUAAAACAUUCACAAUGGAUGACGUGAAACUGUUGGUGAACACAAUGAAUGAAGAAUGGGGCGUCUUGUCUCUCACAGACCUGGUCUUCAACCACACUGCCAACGAAAGUCCCUGGAUCUUGGAGCAUCCGGAGUGUGCGUACAACCUCAUCAACAGUCCCCACUUGAAACCUGCCUACCUUAUGGACAGGAUACUCUGGCACUUCUCUAUGGAUGUUGGCAAGGGGUUGUAUGAAAGUCUUGGUGUACCAGCCAAGUUCGAUAGUGAACAUUAUCUCUAUAAUAUUAGGAGAAUUUUAGAAGAUGAUAUCUUACCCAGGUACAAAUUUUGGGAGUUUCACCAAUGCAACAUCGAAGAAACUAUCGCCCAAUUCAAAGUUGCCAUCCUAAGGGACGACAAACCCGUGACCGAUUUAGUUCUGAUACCAAACGUUGAAUACAGAAGACUUGAAUGUACUGUCGACAUUCCACAAGCCAUCAAGAAUUACUACUCAAAUCAUAACAUAUCACGUGACAUACGCAUCAACGUGGCCUGCGACAACCUCCGGCACAAACUUCAGGAAUUGAACUCAGCCAGUGGCUACUCGAUGAUGGAGCACGUGCACACGGCAGUCAACAACUUUAUAGCGAAUGCCAAGUACAGAUUCAUCGAUCCUGCCGGUCUCAGACUCAGUCUUGUUGGACCUGAUACACCCCUUAUGUGGAACUACUUUACCCUGCCGACAGAAGAGAUGAGUGUGGAAGAGGAGGAGAGAGAGAUGAACACGGAGAGAGGAGGAGCCUACUGUAUGGCCCACAAUGGAUGGGUCAUGAGUGAUGACCCGCUGAGAAAUUUUGCUGAGCCUGGUUCAAACGUGUACCUUCGUCGUGAGUUGUUACCUUGGGGUGACAGUGUGAAGCUGAGAUAUGGCAACAGAAUGGAGGACUGCCCAUUUCUGUGGCAGUACAUGAAGAACUACGCCACCGAGACGGCGAGCAUCUUCCAUGGAGUCAGACUGGACAACUGCCACAGCACGCCCAUCCACGUUGCAGAGUACAUGCUCGACGAGGCACGCAAGGUGAGACCAGACUUAUACGUCAUAGCAGAAUUGUUUACAAACUCAGAAUACGCCGACAACACGUUCAUCAACAGACUUGGUAUCAAUUCUCUUAUCAGAGAGGGCCUGAAUGGUUUGACAGCACGUGAGCUGAGUCGGUUGGUUCACAGGUACGGUGGAUCACCUGUCGGUUCAUUCAUCCAACUGCCCGCACGUUUGAUCAUGCCAUCCGUUGCCCAUGCACUCUUCAUGGAUCAGACGCAUGAUAAUGAAAGUGUCAUCCAGAAACACACGGCAGAGGACUUGCUAUCCUACACGGCGAUCAUCUCAAUGACGUGUUCUGCAACCGGAAGUAACAGAGGAUACGACGAGAUGGUGCCACAUUACAUUCAUGUGGUAGAAGAAAGUCGACCGUAUAAAAAGUGGUUAGUGGAGGGUAAGUUGAACCCGAAGACCCAUUGCAAUAUGAACAGUGGCAUCGUCAGGGCCAAAAAGUUCUUCAAUGAGUUGCAUAUUAAUCUGGAUAGGUCUGGUUUCAAAGAGGUUUACGUAGACAUGAUAACCGACGAGGUAAUGUCGAUAACACGUCACAAUCCAGUAUCCCAUCAGUCCGUCAUCUUGUACGCCCACACCUGCUUCCGUGCCAACGAUAGAGGAGGAUCACUGCAUAACAUCACCAUUCCCGGUGUCGUUGAUGAAAUUAUCAUCGAAGGAUUUCUGCAGAAAGAUCGCGAGGAAGAGUUUGUCAAACAGGAUGAUCACAUAAAUGGCCUCAACAACUAUAAACUUUCCCUAUCCGAAAAUAUCCAGGCGACCCACAGUAAAAUUCUAAAAAUAAUUGAUCCGGAAAAUACCAACUCUAACACCAUUCAUUUCCACAAUCUUGUUCCUGGUGCUAUUGCUGUUCUCAAAGUUCUCCCUCCAGAAGAGGUCAGACCAGCUUUCAUGAAAACCCGCCAAAUUUUGUCUGGUUUUGGUUACCAGAUGAAAACGUUGAGUUCCAGGAAGGUUUCACUGACCGCAAGCCCACUUGAGGUCAUUCUCCAGGAAAUGUCCCUCAAUGACUUGAAUAGGGUUUUGUUCAGAUCAGAUGCAGAGGAGCGGGAUGAUGGCAAAGGAUUUGGCGCUUAUGAUAUUCCGAGGUUUGGAAGACUGACCUACUGCGGAUUGCAAGGUUUGUCUUUCUUACUGGACAAAAUUCGACCAUCGAAUGAUCUCGGCCAUCCUCUAUGUGACAACUUGAGGCAAGGGGAUUGGUUGAUGGACUACAUCGCCAACAGACUUCUGGCUCACCAGGGAACUGCUCAGUUGGGCAAAUGGUUUGAAAAUACGUUUGCUGCCCUCAAAAAAGUUCCUAGGUACUUGAUCCCUUCCUACUUCGAUGCAGUUGUCAAUGGCGUCUGCACUAUGGCGGUGGAUGCCUGCUGGGACAAAAUGUCCACAUUUACAAGUGAUGGCUCAAAGUUCGUUCGUGACUUGAGCUUAGGAUCAGUGCAGAUGUGCAGUUACGUACGGAGUGCAAAGUUACCCAAACUUUCCAGCUCUCUAUCCAAACCUCACCCUCCAAAGCACGUUGACUUCGAUGGUUCUACCGUCGAGGCAUGCACCACACUCUGUGCUGGGCUUCCGCACUUCUCCACUGGAUUGUUCAGGAACUGGGGACGAGACACGUUCAUCUCCCUCCGAGGCAACCUCAUCAUCACAGGCAGGUACGUUGAAGCCAGAUUCAUAAUUCUCGGAUAUGCUGGCUGCUUGAGGCAUGGAUUGAUUCCCAAUUUGCUCGGAGAAGGCAUCUCUGCACGAUACAACUGCCGGGAUGCGGUCUGGUUCUGGCUGCAGUGUAUCAAAGACUUCUGCUCACUCGCUCCCAACGGAUCAUCUAUCCUGAAGGAUCGGGUUAUGAGACUGUAUCCCAGCGAUGAUGCUCCUGUCACAGUUCAUGUGGACCAGACAUUAGAGGAAGUGAUGCAGGAAGCACUGCAGAGGCAUGCAACUGGCAUCAGGUUUAGAGAACGACAUGCUGGCAACCAAAUUGAUUCAGAGAUGAAACAUGAAGGUUUCAACGUCGAUGCAGGAAUUGACUGGAGGACUGGAUUUGUUUACGGAGGCAACGACUUCAACUGUGGCACGUGGAUGGACAAGAUGGGAAGUUCCUGGAAGGCAGGAAACAAGGGAGUUCCAGCCACUCCGAGAGAUGGUUCAGCCGUCGAGUUGAUCGGCUUGUCUGCCUCCGUCGUUCAUUGGCUGUCUUCAAUGCAUGCCAACCACCUCUACCCCUAUCCACAUGUUGUAGGUUGUUCACAAACUCACACCUGGUCCCAAUGGUACGACCUGAUACGAAGCUAUUUCGAGAAAUACUUCUGGAUUGAUCCCAUGAAAACGUUGGACCCCACCAUCCACGACAUCCAAUUGGUCAACAGGAAAUCUAUCUACAAGGAUUCCCUGGGAUCAAGCAGGAAGUACACCGACUACCAGUUGAGAUGCAACUUUCCCAUUGCCAUUGUCGUUUGCCCUGACCUGUUUGAGGUGCACCACGCGUGGCAGGCCCUCAACAUGCUGGAGAAGUAUCUGGUUGGUCCGCUCGGUGUUAAAACUCUUGAUCCAAGCGACUACAACUACGUUGGCGACUACUACAACGGCGACGAUAGUGACGACUACAAAAGGUCCAGAGGCUUCAACUACCACCAGGGACCUGAGUGGAUCUGGCCCAUGGGGUACUUCCUUCGUGCCAAGCUGAUCAUAGCCCAACGAUUGAGUGCCUCUAAAGAAAAUGCCAACAUUCUCAACGAAACGAUGACCUAUGUGGAAAAAGUUAUGACGUCACACAACGUUCAUCUGCAACAGUCGCCGUGGAAGUCACUUCCUGAGCUUACUAAUAGCGAUGGCAAGCACUGUGCGGACAGUUGUGAGGCACAAGCAUGGAGUGUCGGCUGCUUGCUCGAGGUUCUACACGAGAUGGCGCUCAUCAGGAAUCAAUAG